AUGAACCAAUAUCAGGAAAUCGUCACCCAAGUCGGCAAUCUUUCUCUGAAAGGCGCCAGGAAAAAAAAGACCAACCAUGUGCAUCAUCAGCUGGUCCCAGACUACAUCAGAGACGACCAAGUGGACCCUGCGUUUGACCCCAACGCGGCUGCAAUGAGCCCUGGCAUGCAGGCUCCUCACUACUACGGCCAAUCGGCAGAGCCAGGAGCGCCGGCGCCCACGAUGCCCCAGCAGGUGGCCGUGCCAACUCAGCAGUUCCCUCAGACGGGGCAAUACCAGCCACCAAGGCCCGACGUCGGACUGGACGCACCGGCCACAGACGAUCUCUCAAUUCCCAGCAUCAGACACCAGCUAGAUUACAUUUACAAGGACUCUGAUUUCUUAACAUUUGAAAACGUGUCGCCUCCGCUCGCAGGGACGCAGUACACUGCCGUCGACCAGGGCAACGCGUCUCCCAAGUUUGCGAGAAUGACGCUCUACAGCGUCCCUAGCUCCGACAAAUUGAGACAGCAAACGAAGAUCCCGCUUGGCCUGGUUCUCACGCCCUUCGCACAACUUGCGCCCGGCGAAAAGCCUGUUCCGCAGGUCGACUUCCGCGAAAUGUCCUCGGUUCCCCGGUGCAGACGGUGCAGAGCCUACAUCAACCCGGCCAUGCAGCACGGCGGAUACAACAUGAUCUGCAACAUUUGCACGUUUUCGAGCCCGGUUCCACAGGACUACGUCAGCCAGGUCGACGCAAAUGGCGUCAGGUCGGACUACUACGUGCGUCCCGAACUGCACUCCGGUGUGUACGACCUGAUUGUGCCUAAAGACUACAAUUUCGACGAAAAAGAUUCUCAUCCGCUCCACCACGUAUUCCUUGUCGACCUCAGCUACGAGGCUGUUCGGACGAAGUUCCAUGUGGCGGCCUGCUCUGCCAUUAGAAUGGCGCUGUACCAAAAUGGCGAGUCCAACCUACCCAAAGGGUCCAAGGUCUCGAUCGUCGGGUUCGCCAAUAAAUUAUUCUUUUACAACCUGGCUCCCAACCUUGAGCAGACCACUGUCUCGGUGGUUGGCGACCUGGAUGACCCGUUCGUGCCGUUCUACGACGGCAUUCUGGCCGAUCCACUGGACUCCUACGCCAUCAUCGACGCUACUUUGAGCACCAUCGAACAGAUGACCGACUACCCUGGCCCAGAGCCAGCAUACGGGGCUGCCCUGCUGGCUGCCAAGACCAUCCUUCAGGACGUCGAUGGCGGCCAGGUAAUCUCGUUCCUUGCGGGCCUGCCCUCGUGGGGACCGGGCUCGCUUGCAGUCAAGCUGCCUGCGCAAAAAACUACUGCCGACUAUGAUAAGGAGGUGAUCACGGCAGGAAGCAAAUUCUACCAGGACCUGCUGAAAGAAUACGUGAAGCUGAACAUCGGCCUGCACCUUCUGAACGGCGCGCACACGCCUAUAGACCUUGCGAACGCCGGACUCAUUGCUAUGAAGACCGGCGGCUCUGUCAAGACCUGGCACGGCUUUAAUCUCGACCGCAACGAGGCAGACCUGAUGUGCACUGUCAGGCAUCUGGUGACGGACGCCUGCGGCUACCAGGGUCAGCUGAAGGUGCGCUGUUCGAACGGAUUACAGGUCAACAAAUACUACGGUGGCUUCCACAGCUCUGGACAUCCAGAAGUGCCGUAUCUGCCUAUAUGCAAUAGCCAGACUAGCAUUGCCUGCGAUUUCGUCUAUGAUGGCAAGCUGGACACCAAAAAAGACUCACAUUUCCAGGCUGCUCUGCUGUAUACGUCUGUGGACGGUUUGAGGAAGGUGCGUGUCAUUAACUGUAUCAUGUCCGUGACGGAACGCGUAGCAGACGUUUUUUCGUUCUCGGACCAGGACGCUGUGUUGAACCUUGUGCUCAGAGAGAGCCUCAGCAGACUGCCAAAUAUCAGCUUUGCCGCACUGCGCAGCUACCUAAACAUCCAACUGGCCGACAUCAACGCAAUGUACAAGCUGUACGUUGCCAAGAACAAUUCGUCUCCAGGACAGCUUGUUCUGCCGCACGGGUUGCGCACGUUCCCGAUGUUCAUGCUGUCUGCGCUGAAAACCAGAGCUUUGCGAGAACGCACGGGCAACCCGGAUCUGCGCGUCGAGAGUCUGUUCGACCUCGCGAAUAGCACACCUGAGAAACUGUCGGUCUAUUUGUAUCCGGUGAUGGUCAGUCUGCACGACUUAGACGACGCGGAAUGUCUGUUUGACGAACAAACCGGCUUUUUCUCCACUCCGAAAAUGAUUGGACUGAGCCAGGCAAACCUCGAGAUCGGCGGAGCGUACCUCGUGUUCAACGGCAAGGUGCUUUUCCUAUGGUUCCACACCGAGGUGAAUCCGCUUCUGCUACAGGAUCUCUUUGGGGAGCAUGUUACGUCGCUGAGCCAGCUGGACCCUCUGGUCUCGCAGUUGCCCGUUCUCGAUACCCACAUCUCGUUGCAAGUGCGCAACCUGGUCAAGUUCCUGGGCAAGCACUACCUCAACGUGGACUUCUUCCCUAUCCAGAUCUGUCGUUUCAAAACCGACGCGAACGAAGCAGAGUUUUUGGAGCUCCUCUACGAAGACCGAUCCGGCGAUCUCGUGUGGUCGUAUUCUGAUUUCCUGAAGCAUCUCCACAAGCAGAUUACGGGCAAAGUCGAAAGCUCUUCGGCGCUGGCCAGUGAUAAAAAAGAUACCGUGUCACUGGGCAGUAGAUUCGGAAUUUUCUAA